AUGCCUGAGGAGAAGGCUGUGCCUAAGGCCCUGGAGGUUGAAGCAACCGAGCCAAAUUUCGAGGUCGCUGCCGAGGAGAUGGCAGCUCCAGUGGCCUCUGCCGAAGAGCCAAAGGCUGAGCCGGCUGUUGAGGAACCCAAGGCAAAGCCGGCCGAAGCUCCAAAGACUGAGGAGCCGGCUGCGCAGCCAGCUGUGACUGAGCCUCAAGCUGAGGCUGCAGCCGAACCAGCUGCCCCUGAGGAGCUAAAGGUUGAGACCGCUGCGGAGCAAGCUGCUAACGAAGAGCCCAAGGCUGAGGCUGGCUUAGCAGCCGAACCAGCCCCUGUUGAGGCGCAAAAGGCCGAAGCUGUAGCCGAGCCAGCAGGCGCUGAAGAGCCGAAGGCCGAGGCUGCUCCCGGGCCAGCCGGUGGCGCUGAGCCAGCCGCUGCUGAGGAGCCUAAGGCUGAGGCUGCCGCCGAGCCAGCUGCUGCUGAGGAGUCGAAGGCCGAGGUUGCCGCUGAUGCAGCUCUCGCCGAGCCAGCCGCUGCUGAAGAGCCAAAGGCCGAGGCUGCCCCCGAGCCAACCGCUGCUGAGGAGCCCAAGGCUGAGGCUGCCGCCGACGACCAAAACGCGGAGCGCCAGGAGAAGGAGGCUAGCUCCGAAGACGGCACUCCUCCAAUUGAGGCGACCGCUGAGGCUGCGCAGGCUGCGCAGCUGGCCGCGCAAGGUCGGGCAGAUGGGGCCGAGCCGGAAACAAAGGCACCAGAGGUGAUCCAGGAGCGUCCAGAGCCACCACAGCUUACUGUGUCGCAGGCCCUGGCUCUUCAGCAUGAGCUGCUGCAAGGCUUCUCUGAUGCAGGCUUUCAGAAGAAGCGCGAGGAGCUCAUCUCGUCACUUCGGCAGAAGGAUCCUGUACGUUUUAAUGCAGAGCGCCAGAAGCUUUUUCUUACUGUUCAGAUCAUGGUGCUGCCGAGAUACGGCUUUGAAGGAAGCGCACAGGGCGUCCUGGAGAUGCAGCGGCGGCUUGACCGCCCUGAAGUUGCAGACAAUGCCGAGAUCCAACGGCAGGCAGCCAAGCUGAAUGACCUUCUGUACGGAGAGCCAGAAGCGCCGACGCCACAGGCGCAGAAAGCUUUGGGAGCAGCGCCUUUGGGGGCUGCGCAAAUAAAGCCAGGCAGAGAGGAGGUCCGUACUCCAGCUCAGAUGUCUUCGACGCUCAAGUCCUUGGUGCUGGUUUCGCGGCCGGCCGCUGAGUUAGAGGCCGCCCAGCCAGUCUGGAAGCGAGAAUGGGAUGGCUGCCAGCUAUGGGAUUGUGAACUGCAAAAAGCGUCCGAGAGCGACAAAUUUGGCUUCUCGCACUGCAGCGGCAAGACUGAGUACUUCAAGGCACUUGGCAUUUCAGAGGGCAGCACAGAUGUGAAAGGUCCUGAGGUGCUGUUCAUCCGCAAGGUUGCGGGCGAAGGGCUCCUGUUUUCCUGGAACGAGGCCCAUCCUGAUGCAGUUGUUCAGCCAGGUGAUCGCAUCAACAAAGUGAAUGGCGAAAGCACCCAUGAUAGAAUGGCUCGGGAGUUGCGGAAGAGCAAGGCUUUCAUAGAGAUUCUGCGUUAUCCAGACGAGUUUGAGGUGUCACUUUCCAAGAAAGCGGAUGCCGGAAACAAAAAAUUGGGCUUCAAGUUUGAGAAACCAGGCAACGAGAAGGCGCGCGAACUCAAAAUCACGGAGGUGGGCCAAGAAGGCUACUUGCCUGAGAAGAACCUUCAAAUGGCUGCCGAGGGACGAUUCCACUAUGUUGUCACGCUGGGGAUGCGUGUCAUACGGGUAAACUCAGUGGAGGGUGAUGCGCAGCUCAUGAGGGAGGAGUUAAAGAACUCGCAGGAUGUGACUAUCCGUGUGCGAAGAGCGGAGGUCUAUGCCCUCCAGAAAGCUAGAAUGGUGAAGCAGGUAGAUUGUGGAAGCAGCUGCGGGGCUGCCCACUGCGAUACCGGCGCUUCCAGACUCCAGAGUGUGGGCUCUGGGCGCAUGGCUAGGGCCUUGCUUGUGGUGCCGCUACUGCUGGCUGCGGAGGCCAAGCCGAAGGCGUUGGCUCCAGAUCUAGCAAUCGCAGAGGCUGACAUCCUGAUCAACGGCAGUCAGCCAGAGGAAUCGCGUUCGCCCAAAAUUGGGCCAGUAGUGAAGAACGCAAGCAAGCUUGGUGAAUUCGGGUAUGCUAAGCACCCGAAGCAUCCGCUAGCCUGGAGUGACUUGAGGGCCAUCAUCAAAGGAAGGAAGUGCUCCACAGAGCAGGCAGAUGCGCAGUGUGGGGACCUGGUUUGUCGCAAGGGGCUUUGUGCGCAUUGCACAGAAGACUCAGAAUGCCCGUCGCUUCACCACUGCGUUGAGAGCUUGAGCGGUGGAAAGACCUGUCGCGAGACUGGCCGAAAGGCGUGGGAGUCGGCUUGGCUGGACAGCAGUGAGAAGCUUUGCACGCUCCUCAUUUUAGUGGCAUCUGCUUUGGCUGCGGCAUCUGGAACUGGUGGUGGAAGCAUCUUCGUUCCUAUCCUGAUCUCUUUCUCGUAUUUGCAGGAGUCUGCGGUAGUCGCUCUUUCCCAGUUUAUGAUACUUGUCGGGUCCAUUGUGAACCUGUCCGUCUUCCUCGCCAGAAGGCAUCCAGAUUUUCCAGAGCUGCCCGUCAUCGACUAUGAUUGUAUCGUUGUUCUCAUCCCGAUGCUUUGUCUUGGUGUCACUCUCGGAGUCCUAGUGAAUCGCACCUCACCGUCCUGGCUGCUGCUGACCUUACUUUGCUCCACGCUCUGCCUGGCUUUGUGGCGCACCGGAUCCAAAGGCCUCCGGCAGCUGAAGCAGGAGAGGGAACUCUUGGCGCACCGGCCUGCAGCUGAAGAUGACGUGCCGCAGCAGGGCCCAGAGGUGGUCAUGAGCUAUGGGGAGGUGCUUAGCGAGUUGGUGCAAGCCAAGUCUGAGCAAAUUGCAGGCAUUGCAAUAGUUUGGUUGGUCAUGCUUGGAGCCAGCUUACAUGGCCUCCCAUAUUGCUCCAUGCAUUACGGACUCUUCCUAUGCGUGUUAGCUGCCCUGCUUACGACCUUUGCGCUUAUCAUGACCCGGCGAUUUCAAGCCACCUCCUAUCUGAAUCCCAUUGACUGGCUGAACGGCGGAGGGAAGGAUCGUCAUCCGAUGACGUUUCCCAUGGUUGCUUUUGGCACUGGUUUUCUGGGAGCCAUGCUAGGUCUUGGCGGCGGCAUCUUGCUAAGUCCGGUCUUGAUCGAGGUGGGCAUGCACAGCGAGGCUGUUCAGGCAACUGUCGCGAGUUUCGUGUUUCUGUCAAGCUCCCUUGCGACUAUCCAGUACUUCAUGAUGGGGCAGAUUGUGUGGCAUUAUGCUUUGUGGUAUGGUGCCGUCGCCAUCAUCGCCACAUACCUGGGUCAGACCGCCUGCGAGGUGUUUAUUCGAAAGCGCAGGCGCUAUUCCUUCAUAACGCUCUCAGUAACCACGGUCCUGGGAUUGUCCCUCUUUUGCCUCUGCGUGGUCGGGACAAAAACCGUCCUUCACGACUAUGACAUGGGCAAGCCGAUCUGGUUCUCGUUCACUCGCCUUUGUGCCAGCGGUCGCGGGUCCAUUAUCCGACCCAGCGUGGCAGGUGCAAGAUGA